GGGCAGGCUGGUCUAGAACCACUUCACUGAGUAACUUGUUGCUCACCCCUCCAUUUCCAUUUUUCCUGUGCGCAGGACUGUAAGUAGAAGUAUAUGGAUGUGGGUAUGACGGUAUUUCAAAGAAGGUUAUGCGCUCGUCUCUCGGGACCAGUAACGGGACACGUAGGGUUGUCUAGAUGAGUAGACACGUGUCCAUAACGCCCCUUCGAUAACCCCGGUCGGACUCCGGGGAAUCGGGCUGUUACAAGAUACGUGCUUGGUUUAAAAUGGCUAGUGGCAACCCCUGGCGAUGAAGUGAUCGAGUGUCGCCUAGCGCCAUGGCGACCAGAAGCGAGCGCCAUGUGUAUGCUCUGACAAAAAGUAAUCAAAGCCCUAUAUACUAAUGUUAAAAGCUCUAUGCACUCAUGUUACGAUCUAAUAGCUUUAUAGAAACUUAUUUUAAAAACCAAAAACACCAAAUCCACUAGAAUUAAUCUAAAAGUUCAAAACACCAUUACAUAUUUUUAAUCCUAAAUAGCACGAGCACCAACUUAAUAUCAAAACAACAACUGAAAUUAACAAAUCAAAAACCGGGCUGGCGAUCUAUUUCCCCACCGGAACUAUGGUGUCGUACUAUUUCUCCAUCAAACUAUUGCCUCGUUUCAUUUCCCCACCAAACGAAAGUUAAAUAUCUAUAUACCCACCAUAUCAAAGAUAAAUAUCUCUUUCCCCACCCGACAAAAGUUAAACACUCAAAUCCACAUAAAACCAUGUUUAGUUGGUUAAUUAGUUUGGUUAAGACGGGUUAGUAAUACCGAAUCUCGACUUAACCGAACUUAAUUAUUUUUAACCCGACUUAACCAUCCUAAUCUAUCUAAACCCAAAAAAUCCCCAAAUCAAAAACCCAAGAACCCUAGAACGUGAAAUAGAGAGAGUGGGAGAGAAUUCCUGAGAGAAAACAACAGGAAAUCGAUUGAAUUCGUGUUUAACAUGUCUGUAGUACCUAUAAUCGGCGAAGGAGAGUUCGAAAUUGAUGAUGAAGAAGUUGAGCGAGAAGAGUUUGAACUCGACGAAUUGUUGCAAAAUUUCGGGAGUGAGCCGCCAAUUCAGCAUGACGUCUUGCCUGAGAGUGAUGAAGAUAAUGAGGAAGAAGAAAAUCCUGAAGCCCCACAGAGAAUGAGGACGCAUAUACGCCGUGGUGAUGGGCAUUUGUACCGAGACCAGACAUUCUUCAAUGGUGUGGCUUUCAAAGACAGAGUCCUCGAUUAUGCUCUUAGGACUCGCUGCAAUAUCAGACAAUACAGGUAUGAUAAGGAUAAGCUUGGUUUCGAAUGUGCUGGUCAUGGUGAGAAUGAUGAAGCUUGUGGCUGGAAAAUUUAUGCUUCGAUCCUGCCGAAGGAUAAAAUUUGGAGAGUUAGGUUGUUUGUAGAUAACCACACAUGUGAGGUUAAUGGAGAGUGUGAGAUGGUGAAGGUCCCUGUGAUAGCUAGGUUGUUUGUGAACAAGAUCCGUGAAGAGCCGGCAUACUAUAUGCCUAUGAAGAUCGAGGAAUUGAUCAUGGCAAAUUGGUCUAUUAGUGUGUCUAGGCCUCAGUGUCAAGCUGGUAGGAAUAAAGCUUUGAAGUGGAUUAAGAGUGAACAUGAUCAACAGUUUGCACGCCUUAAAGAUUAUUCUGCCGAGAUAGUAGAAUCAAAUCCUGGUUCUUCUGUUGAAGUAGACACGUUCCAGAAUGAUGAAGGUCAAGAUGUCUUCAAUCGAAUCUAUAUUUGCUUUGACGCCCUCAGGAAUACUUGGAAGGAGAGUUGUAGGCCAUUGAUAGGACUUGAUGGUUGCUUCCUCAAAGAAAGAAUCAAGGGACAGUUAUUGGUUGCUUUAGGUAGAGAUGCAAACAAUGAAAUUUAUCCAAUAGCUUGGGCUGUUGUAAAGGUGGAAAAUAACGACAAUUGGCAAUGGUUUAUGCAAAAACUGAAGGUUGAUUUGGAUCUAAAGGAUGGUGACAAUUACAUUGCUGUCUCAGACCGUAGCCCGGUAAGUUUUUUGUUUUUUUUUGGUUGAAAUCACUGUUUCUUUAUGUUGUUGUUUGAUUAAGUUUGUGGUUCUGUUUCAGGGAUUGAUCAGAGCUAUUAAGAUAGAGUUGCCUAAGAUGGAGCAUCGGAAGUGUGUAAGACACAUCUACGGGAAUUUGAAGAAGAAACAUGGCAACAAAAAACAGAUGAAGUCUUACAUAUGGAGUGUAGCAUCGAGCUACAAUGAAGCAAAGUAUCAGCAAAACUUGGACAGGUGAAGUUGCUACGAUACAGGUGUGUAUACAGAUGUUAUGGCUACAAAUCCGAAGAGUUGGUGCCGAGCUUUCUUCAAGCUGGGAAAUUACUGCGAAGAUGUGGAGAACAACUCGACAGAGUCCUUUAACAGCUCCAUCAACAAGGCAAGAGAGAAGCCAUUUGUGCAUAUGCUCGAAACAAUAGCAAGACUUGCUAUGGUACGUAUAGCCACAAGAUCCAGAGAAUCUCAUGAACACCAAGGAAAAUGUACACCAUAUGUGCAGAGAGUUCUCACUAAGGCUCUUGUUGAUAAGCCCUUUAAAGACGGAGCCAACAAAUGUGUUAUUAGAAGAAGCGUUAAAGGCUACUUUGACUCAAGAUUGAAUGGCCAAACUCAUCGUGUCCAUUUGGAGAAAAGAACUUGUUCGUGCAGGAAGUUCGACAUCACUGGAAUUCCAUGUAAGCAUGCAUAUGGUGUGAUGCUGAAGUUAAAGGUUGAUCCGUCAGACUAUGUUUGUGAGUGGUUUCGCACGGCUAAGUGGAGAAGAAACUACACAGAUGGAAUUGUUCCAGUCAGGGGUUCUAUGUUUUGGCCCAAAACAGAUGCUCCUGAUGUACAUGCUCCACCUGUAGAGGAUGAACAAGGGGAAGAAACAGAGGGAGAACGAGGGAAAGAAACAGGGAAGAAGAAGAAGAAGCUCACCAAAGCGGAUAAGACAAGGAAAAGAGGUGUGAAUGAGUCACCAACCAAGAAGCUACCAAAAGCCAAGAAAAGGACUAUGCAUUGUGGCAUUUGUGGUAAGGCUAAUCACAACUCGAGGUGGCAUGCAAAGCAGGGCAAGCAUGAUGAUUCGGUACCGGUAAGCACAUCUCAAACUGCAGGUGAAGCCUCACAAGGAACUCUCACUCAAGCUAGUGUUUCUCAAGCUUGAAUGAUUUGAUAUGUAAUGGCAUCUAUUAUCUUUUGUUUUGAACUUAAUUUUCGACAGCUAUGUAAUGACAUAUAUCUUUGGUUUUGAACUUAAUGGUCUUGGAUCCAUGUAAUGUAAUGACAUUUAUCUAUCUUUAUUUUGCACUUCAUAUUAUCUUUGUUACUGCAACUAAAAGCUUGUAUAUUUUCUUUAAAAUCAUUGCAUUCUACUGAAUAAAAUAGGCUUAACAAUCAUCUUAAAAUAGACAAAGUCAUUGCAUUAAUAAAAUUGAAACCAUGUCAAAGUACACAAACCACAAUGAUCAAACACACAAAACA